AAGAUACAGCCCCUGAGGGACAAGGGACAGUGACAGUGACAGGGACAAAAGAAGCCUGAGAAGGAUGGCAGAGCGGCGGGGGUGUCCUUGUGGCAACGAUGCCAGUGGAGCAAUUCUGUUCGACAAUUGCUCUAGGAGAAAAGGUUAGUGGAUAGGUGGUCGCCGCUGACGUUUUAGAUGUCAAGGACGUGUCUGGGGCGAUGACUCCUUUCAGCGGGCCAAGGAUGCGGAAGAAACAUGUUAUUGUAGGCGGGGCGCUCAUACUGGUGGGGGCCUAUGCGGGCUAUAAAGUGUAUACGGCUGAUGUGUGGACCAGGGCAAAGCAGCAGUUGUGUGCGGUGGAAGAGGCUUGCACUGCAUUAAGCCACGCAGCAAAAGGGAGCGGGGACAUUGUCCAUCUGGUGACAACAGAACUGGAGACGUUUUUGCAGUCUGACAGUGAUGAGGUUCCACGCAGCAUUCGUCAGAUGCUCAAGAUUGCAGCCUCGCAAGAGUUUCAGCAGGCUGCAGCAUCGCUGUCUGGAUCAUUGGUCAAAGGGGUUGUCGGGGCCACUCAAGGGCAGAGUCCCAUGUCAAGAAGCCUCUCUGGCGGAAAGUGUUUCUCCACCAGAGAUGCUGACUGGAGUGGAGUCGACUACGACGGUCUUCUUCAGUCGAAAGCUGCGGCUCCGUACCUGAGCAGCAGAUGCGCGUGCGAUGCUGCUGACGAGCCAGGCUUUGUGGACAAGGUCAUGGACAAACUCUUCACCAAGCCAGGGCGAGGGUUCGCGUCCGCUAUCGUCGGCAGCGUUGUGAGGGAGCUCACAGCGGCGUACUUGGAUUCUGGAAAAGGGGGCAAGAGCGGGGACGACAGCGGACCUCAGCCCGGUCUGCUUGACGCGGUGUUUGAGAAGGCGUGUACAGACAAGGGACGGGCUCUGGUCACAGACUGUGUCACCACGCUGGUGGUGAACGCAGUUACCGUGUUUUUGGAUAAGACGGCGGGUGUGAAUGUGUACGAUGACAUGUGGGCCAGCAUGAGCAAGCCGGGAAACAAGCAGCAGGUGCGAGACCUGGUGGGAACACUGGCCAACAGUGCUGUUGAUACGCUCGUGCGCACCUCCCACGAGGUGCUCACCAGCGAGAAGCCGUCGCGGCCGCCGGCAUCGGCCCUGCGAGAGCGUGCCGCCGUGACGCCCUCGUCCUCACUAGAGCCGCGAGUGCUGUGGCCUGAGGAGAGAUACGCAGAAGGGGAGCCGGCGGAAGAAAGGUUACGGAGAGCUAGGAUCGAGGAAGUUAUAGAGCGAGAAAAGGGAGUUGGAACCUCUGAAAGAAGGCUUCAACCAAGAGGGGAGCCGCCAGCCGGGGAACGGGGUUUGCUGCCAAGGGCAGCUGUAGGGGUCAGCAGAGGGGGGGCGUCAACCGGCGGCGAAAAUCAGGCAUGGCUGCAGGAGCUGUUCCAGACGUUGAUCGACCCACAGAACCGCCGGUUCCUGAUGGACGUUACGGGCAUCGCAGCUUAUGAGGCGAUUAGGGCUUUGGUUGCGGGGUUGCAUGAGGUGCUCUGGAGAAGCCCGAGGAGUAGCCCACGGCAAGGUGGCGGGGGAGCCGGGGUGGCUUCAGCGGUGGUCGGUGUGUCGCGAACUUUGGAUGACUACUUCAGGGCUCUCGCAGCGAAGGCGCUUGUGUGUGUGACAGUCUGUUUGGCCCUCUGCCUCAACAUGGUCUCGGGAGUCUCCUACGUAUGAUCAGGUGCGAAUAGAAUAUUGAUUCAUAUUCACAAGUCAGUCAACCCCUCCUUGAAGAAGUGCGUCCUGUAUAAAGUUAGGCUAUCAUUACAUAAGGCUAUUAUUUCGAUUCAAGUCAACUGUGACAGACUCAACUGCCUGCAAUCAGCUGCAAUUGUAACUGUGAUUAGUAUGUUGGCUUGGCCCUUUGCGAGCAAUUAUUUGCAAGUUGCUCAAGGAAAAUCAGGUAGACAGUCUGGAUGCUACAUACAAAUUGGACUCGAAUCUGAAGGCGUCGAGCAACUGAGUUGCUCUGUCUAAUUUUGCUUGCGAGCUGAG